AAAGUCAGAGUUGCUGUCUAAGUUCAGGAUUCUUGCAGUAGAAAUCGACUACCUUAAACUUUAGCCUGUUCCACAGUUUCUGCAUGAACUCUGUGUUACACAAUGGUGGCUUCAUGAAAGUGAAUUGUGUAGUGAGGCUGAAACGUGUUGCUAAUAGGCCUCUAGCAGUCACAGAACCGUUUGUGCCUAAAAUAAACUUCAAUUUGAACACUUUUUAGUUACUUUGUAUGCCUGAAUUGUUGUAUGAUUACAUUUGUUAGCAGGUUAGAUCAGGGUAGUGCUAAUACUCAUUUUAAUGCUAACUUGCUAACAAGCUAACCAGGAAAAUAAUGAUGUAUAAUUGAACAUUCAGAGGAACCCAUUAGAAAACUUUAUCAUCGUAGAGUCAGUCACCCAAAAGAAGGGCUAGAUGUGAUGUAACCCUGUUUAGAAAUGCACAGUGAGAUGAAACUUGAAAAAGAAGAGUUUGAAAAGAAGUUUUCAGUCAGAAAAGUGUCAGCGAAGGACACUUGCUGCUAAGGAACGAUCCUCACUCAAAACAACGUUUCUUCACCAAUGUUUGUUCAGUUUCCUUCACAUGAACGCGCUGUGGUGAUUAGACAGGCGCAGAUCAUAUCCUGAAGUUAAUCAGUAAUGUGAAUGGCUAACUUAUUGGCUUCAAGGCCACUUCCAUAUCUCUUUGUUCUCAUCUGCUAAUAUCGCCUAGCUUCUUUAAAAGUUAGCUCAGCCUCUAUGUAAGUGGGUGACAGCGCUUUGCAUGUAAGGGUUGGUGUGUAUGUGUGUGUGUGAAGGAGUGGGUGUGCCUGGACGUGUGGGUGUGGGUGUGUGGGCGACUGCCCGGUUCUAAGGCGGCUGAAUCUGUCCACACAGGUGCUGUGUUUUUAUCUGAAAACCGUGGGCGUUUGGCAGAGAAGCGCACCAUCCCGCUGCCUCCAACCCGCGUGCCCAAGAAGGAGCUGGCCUCCGUUUUCAGCAGCGACGACAGCGAGGGGAGCGAGAGGGUCAACGGAGACCAUGCUGACAUCAAGCAAGAGGAGGAGCUCCACUACACUAUGAUGAGAAAGAGUAGUCGUGACAGUGACCUCUCAACGAUCAUCUCCAACCUGCACCACACCCGACAGCACGGCAUGCCUGAGGGCCAGCCCUGCUCUGACAUCACCCUCGCCUCCGCACACUCAGAUGACAUUCUAGGCAAGAAGAGAGCGUACUCCCCCAACAGCAGCAGCGAGUGCCCAUCUGACAGCAAGAAGCCCCGCAGCGCCUCCCCCAAAGAGAACUCACACACCCCUGCGCUGGAGCCAGGCAUUCACAUGACCCCCGAGGAACACUACAGGCGCAUGAUGUCAGCGCUGAACGAGCACGGCUCUUACGAAGAGCAGCAGCAGCGCCUCUAUCAGCUCGCCAGCAACAUGGGCGUCCCCAGCCAUGAACUGUUGCGUGUGCGUCAGGAGGCCAUGAGUGCUGUGAGGAACCAAGCAGCCAUGGAGGCCCACCUGCCGUCUGCGGGCAGCUCAUCCAGCCAACGACGGAAACAAGGCCUGCCCCAGCACAGGGACGCUCACUUCACUGAGAGAGAGAUGUCCCACCCUCCUCCAUUGCUGUCACCUCAGAACGCCCCUCAUAUCACGCUGGGCCCUCACUUGCGGCCGCCCUUCCUGGGCAUGCCCUCCGCACUCUGCCAAACGCCAGCAUACGGUUUCCUGCAGCCUGCUCAGGCCGAGAUGUUUGCGCGUCAGCAGGAGAUGCUUCGCAAACAGAACCUCGCCAGGUUGGAGAUGUCCGCUGAGCUGCUAAGGCAGAAGGAACUGGAGAACCUACACCGGCAGCGCCUGCUGGCUGACCCGCUGGGCCUGCACCCCGGCCUGCCAGCUGAGCACCCGGCCCUGCGCAGCCUGCAGGACAUCCCCGAAGGCCACCCGCUACGGGACGAGAUCAACCGCCGCAACGCCAUGCUGGUCCUGCGCCACAACAACACACCGCUGCUGUCGCUCAACCACCAGGGGGCAGCAGCCAGCACCUCCUACAAAGAGUCCAGCAGCUGCAAGAGCUCGAGGAAAGGGGGUCCACUGCAGGGGGAUCAAGGGGGUGGCCCGUCUGAGGCCAAGGAGGUGCUGGGAGAGGUGAGGGCGCGGGAUGGGGAGGCAGAGGGACAGGAUGAUGACAUGAAAGACUCGGAGAGCGACACAGAGGCUGGAGAGGAGCGGCCGGAGGGGACGGCUAAAGUUGACGGGCACAGCCUCAACUCUGAGACAUGUCAGGGCAAGGAUAGUGGCAAGCAUGGAGAGGGGCUGAAGGAACUCGGGGAGGGGUCAGGCAGGCUCAGCGCUCCCUGUAGCUCUGCUGGGCCAGAUUCACCCAGCCACCAUCUCUUCGCACCAGGACUGAGCAAGAGCGAAGCCAAGUAUGUUCCACCAGGGGCGCUGCCUCCUUUACCCGCACUGCCAGGCCAGGCCCUGCCCUUCGGCUUCCCCUACACCAGCCCGUACUUCCACACUGGCGCCAUGGGAGGUCUGUUUGUGGACGGCGAGGAGGCGGCGGCUGCGGCGGCGGUAGCAGCGGAGGACAUUAGCAAGUGGAGUGUGGAGGAGGUGUGCAGCUUCAUCAGCAGCCUGGCAGGCUGUGGAGAGUACACCCAGGUGUUUCGAGAGCAGGCUAUUGAUGGCGAGACUCUGCCGCUCCUGACCGAGGAGCACCUUCUCAACAACAUGGGGCUGAAACUGGGCCCAGCUCUCAAGAUCCGCUCUCAGGUGGCUCGGCGCAUUGGCAGAAUAUUCUACAUGACCAGCUUCCCGCUGGCCCUCCCGCUGCCGCCAUCUGCUCUGCGCCCCCCGGACAGGGACCCCCUGCCCACGGAGACCCGGCCGCCCUCCUCCGGCAGCACCUCUUCCCCCUUCAGCGCGCCUCCGGCCUGCCGCGCCUCUCCCAAGCAGGAGAACGGAAAUCCCCCCUCAGCGGGGUCUUACGACUCCACUAAAGCUCUCUCAUAGAGAUGUCCAUUAACAAAAAGAACGCUGACUGCUUCCCCGUAUGGUCUGGGGCAGCGCUACAGGAAGGAGACGGAGAAGGAGAUGGUGGAUCGGAUGGGGAGGGGAGGGGAGGGGGUCUCUUUGAACUAUUUUUUUCUUCCUCUCACCCCCCCCAACAAAUACUCAAAACAAGCAAACUUGAGGACAUUUAUUCUGGGGCACUUAUCAUUUUAUGGCAAAACGUGGAGAGAACUGUACAGAUAAACGCUGAUGAAACAAUGCAAGCCUAAACAGCUCCACCCAGUGCAGUGGCUGCGAAUAAGCCGAAUCCAAAGAUGAGCAAACGGGCCGUGGGGAUGAGACAGGAAAGCGACAGCGUCUGUGCGAGGGAGAGCGCGAGCAGACGGCAACGUUUGGACCUCUCUGCCAGAGAGAGGGAGACGGCCACAAACACAGCAUUCUUUUGUGGCAGGGGGAGACAGACAGUGCAGGGAUGAACUCUCCAUGGUACCCGACCCUUUCAGAACGGAGAACUCCAAAAAAAAAAGACCAUUAAUUUUCCUGUUUUCUCUGCUCUCUUCCUCCAGCUUCCAGCCAUUUCCAAUCCUCUGGAGCUGGUUUCGGUUCGGAGAAACUGAAUCUCCUGGAGAGGAGUAAAUACAACCGCAGAAAGGAACUCAUUUGCUCUCUUCAUCAGUGCAACUAUGCAUUCCACAGUCCAAUACCAAAGAUGAACGGACGUGUGGAAUUUUAGCUGAUACCUAGCAUUGGUUCUUGUACUGUUUCCCUCAGCUUACCUGUGAUGAAUAGGCAAGGUACAGAGGAGCGGAAGAGAGGUGGCCUCAGCCGGAGAGACAGAUGCAGAGCACUUAACACUCUCACAACCAAAAGCCAUCAUCCAAAGCAACAGCCAGAAGAUACAAAAAAAUAAAAUAAUAAUAAUAAUAAACUUUGGGGUUUCCUGGUCCCUUUUGCUCUGUGGGGGUUCAGUGGUCGAGGGGUAUCUGAUCUCUAAACGGAGAAAAGUCGCUCAGAGGUCACAUUUAUUACUUCGGGAGAACGUUACGCUGAAUUGUACAAAACAACAUGCUUUAGAGGAGAAUAUAGUGAAGGUUACAUAAGUGGUACUUUUUGUUAAGUGUUGUUGCACGCAUUUUUUAUUACUGAACAAAAUGUGACUGGCUGACUUGGUGGCACUUUUGUUCAAAGAUUUUUUUUUUGUUUGCUAUGUAUUCCAGUUGAAAUAUUAAGAGUCCCCAUUUCGAAUGCUACUUAAGCAUAUAAAUACGAGGGAUAAAAAAAUAUUUAUAGGAAUUUUUGUUGUAGCUGGAUUGACAAAAUACAAUGUAUAAAUAAAUCGUCCUCUAAAUGGCGCCCAAAGAAUAAUACCUUUUUUCUUUGUCUUUGUUGCAGGGAAAUUAAAGGCACAAAGCUCUUUAUGCAAAUGUUUGACAUUGUUUUUCUUUUCUUUUCUUUUCUUUCUUUUCUUUUUUUUUUUUUAACGUAAGCAUUGAAUUAAAAACCGGUCUCUAGAUUUUCCGUCAAUGUUUUGUCUUUAUCCUAUUUUUCUAUUCACCACUGGGUGAAAUAAAUCCUAUGGAAAACUUC